AUGGAGUCUUUGUAUGAGAAAUCCUCAAGCAACUGUCGAUCAAAAAAAAAUCUCACCAAUGAACAACGCCAAGCAAUUUUUGAUGCUCUUUUGCUACAGUUUGAUUAUGGAAAACCAAGAGGGGGUUUUAUUAGUGAGGUUGCUGCAUUGUUCUCUGUCCAUCCAAAAACAAUAAGUCGAAUUUGGCAACAAGGGAAGGCUUGUAUUGCUAAUGGGUCCGUGGUUGAUGUGUCCUCGAAACUGCUCGGGAGAGUUGGCCGCAAGCGAGUUCAAAUCGAGCGCAGCAAAAUUUUCAGCUUGGAAUUCAAACGCCGAACUAAUAUCCGCUCAUUAUCAAAAGCCUUGGAAGUUCCUAAAUCAACUAUGCAUAGGCGAAUCAAAGAAGGCUUAAUGAGGCCACAUACAAAUGCAUUGAAGCCAGAUUUAUCGGAAGAAGGUAAGAGAUCAAGGCUUUGUUUCUGUUUAUCAAUGCUUGAGCCUAGUAGUUUGGAAAGCCAACCAUUUUUCAAAGAUAUGUACAAUUACGUGCAUAUUGAUGAAAAGUGGUUUUAUUUGACGAGAGAAUCGGAGAGAUAUUAUUUGCUACCGGAAGAGGAAGAACCGCAUCGCACUUGCAAAAGCAAAAAAUUCAUCAUAAAAGUCAUGUUUUUAGCGGCGGUAGCUCGACCACGGUUUGAUGCAAAUGGGAAUGAGGUGUUUUCCGGGAAAAUUGGAAUUUUUCCAUUCACUUGUAAGGUACCUGCAAAAUGCACGAGUAAGAAUAGAGUUGCUGGUACUUUGGUAACAAAGGCUGUAACAGUAACCAAAGAUGUUAGUCGAUCAUGCUUGAUUGAGAAGGUUCUGCCCGCAAUUAGAGUUAAGUGGCCGCGUUCCGGCGAAAUGGAAACGAUAGUCAUUCAACAAGAUAAUGCGAAGGCACACAUUCAUCCAUUGGAUCCCAAGUUUCUUGAAGCUGCACAUGAAGAUGGGCUCAAUAUCCGUUUGUCGUUUCAACCUCCCAAUAGUCCGGACAUGAAUGUUUUAGAUCUCGGGUUUUUUACAUCAAUUCAAUCUUUGCAACAUCAACAUGCACCUUCGACAAUCGACCAGCUUGUUUCUGUCGUGGAGAAAUCUUUUGAAGAAUUGUCGUCACAAACUCUUAAUCACGUUUUCUUAACAUUGCAAACUUGUAUGGUUGAGGUGAUGAAGGUUUAUGGUGGAAACAAUUACAAGUUGCCACAUAUGGAGAAAGGCCAACUAGUUUGA